AUGGAUGUCUACGUGAAUGACAUGCUAGUUAAAAGCCUCCAGGCGAAUGAACAUUUGAACCCCCUCAAAUGCACCUUCGGCAUGGCUUCAGGUCAGUUUUUGGGAUACAUUGUGAACCAAAGGGGAAUCGAAGCAAAUUCGAUAAAGAUUAGGGCCUUACUGGAAAUGAGAGCCACUGAUAAGAGCCUAUCAUUCUUCAAAGUGUUGAAGCAAGGAAAGAAGCUCCAAUGUAUCGGUGAGUGCGAGGGAGCCUUCCAAGCGCUAAAGAAGCACUUAGGAGAGGCGCCUCUGUUAUCCAAACCUAAACCACAGGAAUCACUAUUGCUAUACUUGGUGGUCUCAGACGAGGCGGUCAGCGCAGUCAUAGUUAGAGAAGAAAACGAGCACCAAUUGCCGGUAUACUAUGUCAGCAAAGCACUACUCCCAACAGAAAUACGCUAUCUGGACAUGGAAAAACUGGCACUCACCCUUAUCAUGGCAUCAAGGAAACUGAGGCCGUACUUCCUGGCCUAUUCAAUUGAGGUUCUCACCAACUUCCUAUUAAAGUAUGUGCUACAGAGAACGGAUGCUUCGGGCCGCUUGCUAAAAUGGGCAAUCGAGCUAAGUGAGUUCAACCUACUGUUUCGACCCAGACAUGCCAUCAAGGGACAAGCCUUUGCAGAUUUUGUGGCUGAAUUUGCUAUAUCCCCAGAAGUGGAGGUGACAAUGGAACUAACUGAGCCCCCAACAUGGAACCUGUUCGUGGAUGGAUUCUCAGGAAAAACUGGCUCCGGAGCUAGGAUCGUCUUGGAAAGCUCGGAAGGCCACAAGCUAAAUUGCGCAGUAAGGUUCGACUUCAAAGCCUUGAACAACACUGCCGAAUAUGAGGCCCUUCUAGCAGGACUUAGACUUACGAAAGAAAUGCAAGUCAGAAGGCUCCUGGCAAGCAGCGACUCUCAACUUGUGGUAAGUCAGGUCAACGAGAACUUUGCCACCAAAGACAGUAGCAUGGCUGCAUAUUUAAAAUUGGUCCUGGACCUAGUCCCUCAUUUCGAAAGGUUUGAAUUGAUCCAACUCCCACGCCUUGAGAACACUCAUGCAGACACCCUGUCAAAAUUGGCCAGCGGUAAAGAUUCAGAGCUACUAAAGAUUGUCCCCAUUGAACGCUUGUCAAAGCUCUCUAUCUCCGGAGGUGAAGAGCUGAUAAUCACUACCAGCUUCGAGAAGCGAGGUGAGGAAGUUAACAAAGAGGGCUGCGCACUUCGUCCUACAAGAGGAUGUCCUCUACAAAAAGGCUUUGCCUCACCACUUCUCCAAUGUGUAGGAGGGAAAGAAGCCAUGUAUAUACUCAGGGAGAUCCAUAAGGGAAUCUGCGGAAAUCACUCUGGAGGAAUGGCUUUGGCACACAAAAGCCUCUCCGUAGUCACUAGUCAAUGGCCAUUCGCCAACUGGGGCAUCGACUUCAUUGGUCCGCUCCCAAAAGGAAGAGGAAGCGCGACUUUUGCCAUUGUCACCAUUGACUACUUCACCAAGUGGGUUGAGACUGAACCUCUUGCCAAGAUCAUUGAGGCGAAUACUACAAAAUUCGUCUGGAAGAACAUCAUUUGCAGGUUCGACAUUCUCCACUCUUUAGUGUCUGACAACGGGAGACAGUUCGACAACAAGAAGAUGCGAGACUUAUGCAACGAACUAGGGAUAAAGAAGGAUUUCUCAACGCCUCAUCACCCCAAGCAAAUGGGAAAGUUAAGGCAGUAA